AUGCAAUGGACUGACCUCCAAAAUGAGUGCCUCAAGGAGUAUCACGGGCAAGGCGGGACUGGCGACAAGAUUCGGGAGUCGUUGACAAAAAUUCCCUUGGACAACAAUAUGAUCCAGGCGUGCCGAUUGCUUUACUCCAAGGGCUGGGUGCUUGCCAUCGUCUCCGACGCCAACCAAGUCUACAUCGAGGGCAUCCUUGAGCACUAUGGGAUCAGGAACUUAUUCAGCGCCAUUAUCACCAAUCCUGCAUUCUGGGAUGCGCAGGACCGCCUUCACAUCCAACGACUUAUUCCAGCUGACGGAACACCUCACGGAUGCCCUACUGGAGUCUGCAGUCUGAACAUCUGUAAAGGACAAGAGGUCGACAAGUUGUUGUUACAACUGGGUAAUGAUAACCAGGCAGGAAUUACUGUUGAGUUGUCUGGGAAGCUAGUACCGGCGCCCAGGAUGUUGUAUGUGGGUGAUGGUCGGAAUGAUUACUGUCCCGCACUCCGAAUGAAGUCUUUGCAGGAUAUCUACUUUGUGAGGAAGGGUCGUUCGCUGGAAAAGUACCUUAACAAGACUGAUGCGCCUGGAGUCCGGGAGGCCAUUUAUGCAAGGAUCGUGUACUGGGACAAGGCAGAUGAAAUUCUGUCAGAGCUUCAAUCAGUCCUAUAG